AUGACCAAACUUAGCAGGGGGAGGAAGCUGCCGUUCAGUGCAGUGAGAAGAGCUUGGUGCAAAGCUGCCUGUAUUCAGGGCACACUGUGUAUGAGGGGCAGGAGGAAGUGCAGCAGUGUAUGCACACAGUUAUAAAGAGACAUGUUUGCAGUGUGGACUUUCUGGUUGUUUUUACUUCUCCACAGUUGUUUGGCUUAUACCCUAAAUGGAGGGAUACUGUACCCCAGAGAAACCCCUACGCGAGAGCUAAAGGAGCUCAGUGGGAUUUGGAGUUUUCGAGCUGAUAAAUCUCCGCAACGGGACAAAGGUUUUCAGGAGCAAUGGUACAAGAGACCCCUUGGGGAGACCGGCCCAGUAAUAGACAUGCCAGUACCUGCCAGCUAUAACGAUAUCACUCAGGAUAUUAGUCUGAGGGACUUCAUUGGCUGGGUCUGGUAUGAAAAGGAAAUCUGGCUUCCAAGCCAGUGGGUAGAAAAAACAGCAUCUUCACGGGUCAUGCUUCGAAUUGGCAGUGCUCACUAUUUCUCAGUCAUUUGGGUAAAUGGAAUUCAGGUCAUGGAACACGAAGGAGGUCACCUGCCCUUUGAGACAGAAAUCAGUAACAUUCUGAAGGACAGUGCGGGGUCUCUCUGCAGAAUAACGAUCGCUGUAAAUAACACUCUCACUUUACACACAUUACCCCCCGGCACCAUCCAGUUCAUGGAAGACAGCACUCGGUACCCAAAAGGAUAUUUUGUGCAGAAUAUAGAAUUUGAUUUUUUUAACUAUGCUGGCAUUCAUCGCCCAGUAGUUCUCUACACAACACCUAGUAUCUAUAUUGAUGACAUUACAGUUAUUAUGGACACAGAUGGCAAUACAGGUAUAAUUAACUAUGUUGUAUCAGUGGUGGGUUCUGAAUCCUACUCAGUGUCUGUGACCUUAAGGGAUCGCCAAGGGCAGGUGGCAGCCCAUGGUGUAGAGGCUAUUGGGCAUCUAGUAGUGCCAGAUGCAAAACUUUGGUGGCCUUAUCUAAUGCAUGAAGAGCCUGGAUACUUGUACUCAUUGGAGGUUAUGUUAUUGGCCAAGAAUGGAAAUGGGUCAGUGGAAGACAAUUACAUUUUGCCUGUGGGAAUAAGAACUGUGCACGUCUCUGGAGACCAAUUCCUCAUCAAUGGAAAACCAUUCUACUUCCAUGGUGUCAACAAACAUGAGGACUAUGAUGUCAGAGGAAAAGGACUAGACUGGUCACUAAUUGUAAAGGAUUUUAAUCUGUUGAAGUGGCUUGGUGCUAACUCCUUCCGCACCAGCCAUUAUCCUUAUGCAGAAGAAAUCAUGGACCUUUGUGAUAAAUAUGGCAUUGUGGUGAUUGAUGAAUGCCCUGGAGUCGGUAUAAAAUACCCCGAAAGUUUUGGGAACCAAUCUUUAAACCACCAUUUAAUAGUUAUGGAGGAGUUGGUGCGCAGGGAUAAAAACCGGCCUUCCGUUGUCAUGUGGUCUGUUGCCAAUGAACCAGCAUCCCAGCUCCCUGUGGCUGGGUAUUAUUUUAAAACGGUGAUUGGUUACACUAAGCAACUUGACCCCACCCGACCAGUGACAUAUGUUUCCAAUGCUAACUAUGAACAUGACCAAGGUGCACCCUAUGUGGAUGUAAUUUGUGUAAACAGUUACUUUUCUUGGUAUCAUGAUGCCGGGCACCUGGAAGUUAUCCAACUCCAACUCAAUGAUCAGUUUGACAAAUGGUAUGAGAAGUAUCAAAAGCCUAUGAUACAGAGUGAAUAUGGAGCAGAUACAAUUCCAGGGUUUCACAGUGACCCCCCAUUAAUGUUCACUGAAGAAUACCAGAGAGUUGUGUUAGAAAACUACCAUACUGUGUUUGAUCAAAAAAAAUUUGUAAUCGGAGAACUUAUAUGGAACUUUGCUGAUUUUAUGACAGCACAAUCUGUUACAAGAGUUGUGGGGAACAAAAAGGGAAUCUUCACACGACAACGGCAGCCCAAGAGUUCAGCCUAUAUUCUGCGGGACAGAUAUCUGAAGCUGGCCAAUGCCACGGGCUUGUUCAAGUAGCUGUGUCCUUUGUUUCUUUAAGGGGCUCAUUUCUUCAUUAAAGGAGAAGGGAAUUGAAUGUAGAAAUGAAAACUAUGUUUUGCUGCUUAUUGCAUUGCUACCUAUGGCUGAGCAGAAUAGUGAGGCACAUGAAAAAGCCUUAUGCAUAAAACUAGUGUUAUUGUUCAAAUCCAGUCUUUGUAUAUACUGUAUCUAUGUCUCCAACCUUAUGUAUAAGGUAUAUAAUAACUGAAUACAAAGCACACAGAUUUGUCUAUAACAUUUAUGUGAAGGAAAAUGUAUUCCAUUGUUUGCCAAAAGCCAUCCUUUUCAAUAAGGUCUCAUAGGAACUGUCCAAACUAAGACACACUGAUAAUAUGGAAUACUCAAAUUAAGAAUAGCAAUGGUAUGAAGACUUUACAGUGUUGGUAGCUUUUAUAAAUGUUCAAACAUUUAUAACUAUAAAGCAAUAUAUCAGAGUAUAGUUACACUCUGUAUCAAAAUGCUCAGGGCUAUUUGUUUUAUGUCAUGAUGUUUUCAAAGAGGAUGCUUUCUGAAUCGGAUUUUUAAAAGUAUUUUUUUUUUUUUUGUUAAUCUCCUUUAUAUAUUUUUUCCUCUGAAGUUGGUGGGUAUGCGAGAGUAUAAAGCCUUUGUAUGACUGACCUGUUGUGUCCUAUAAAUGCACUGAAUGAAUUAUCUUAUAUGUAUACAAUAAAGAUUACUUUCUUUUA